AGGACCCGUGGAAACCGGGCAUUGAAACCUAUACGAAGCAUCGACACUCACUGACAAGAGCGCGCUCCAACGUAGUUUCUGGCUCGCCACUUGCAGUGCCGACGCAGAGGAGCAUUCCUCGGUCGCUCGUCCUUCGCUGGCGUCGGUGCGUAUUUCGGACAGCGAGGGAAUAAGGAACUAAGACCUGCGUGAGCAGCAUCGAGAUGGAGGUUGAGCAGCAGCCAGUGGGCGACCCCGCGGGCGCCACCGGAGGAGGCACGGCGCCGGGCUUCGACGCCUUCCUGCAGACGGGUCGCACGGGGCGUCGUAACGCCCUCCCCGACAUUCUCGAGGAGGGCGCCACUAACGUCAGCACCGCGUCCCUGCCCUGCUCCUUCCAGAAACUCUCAUGCAGUGACCCGUCAGCAAGCAACAACUCCGGUGACUCGUCAGUGGGCAAGCCUUCCACGUCGGAGGGUCCACCAAAGUCCUAGUGUGCCUGCCCCUUGAACACAGGAACUAAGGUGUCUGUGUUGGUGAAAAAAAAAAAAAAAGUUGUUCCCCACGAACUGGCCCUCGGGCCAGGGCCGUUUGAGGAGUCCUCAGCCACACCCACACGGCGGAACAACGGCCCUCGCCGAAAUCCUCAUUGGCGCGGAUCGCUAUACUAGCGUCGCUGUUAUGCCCUUGAUAUUUGCUCUGCACUUCAGUAGGAUAUGCCCUUUCGAAGCAGCACAGCUCGACAUAGAGAGAGAGACAAAAAGAAAAGACAGCAUAUGUGGACAUAGUGAACCUCGAUGUCAAACGAACGACACUGCACAUGAAGGGAUCAAAACAACAUUCCUGUGAUUGGAACUUACAAAGUGGGGGCAAGUGUUUGGGCACUCGUCUUUGUAUCUCAUUCGUGAGCUUUUGAACUACAGAUCAAAAUGUUGAGAUUUCGUGCGUCUUUUAAUGUGCACGGCAAGAUAGGCAGCGUGUUGGGCAUACGUAUACUGAAGUGUUCGCCUGUGCACCCAACUUUAUUUGUUACGUGCAGCGUGCUCCCAUAUCUGAUCUUUUUCUCAUUUCUGAGUGAUUCGAGUAAGCUGCCUCUCAUGGUUUGCCAGCGUCUGUGUGUAGCUGUCACCGAUUCGUGCGAGUUUUCCACGUUAACUGCACCGUCCUCGAAGUUCCUCUCUUCCUCGACGCACGUUCAUGGUGAGGCAGCUCGACACAUCGUGCACACUUGCCGCAGAGUGUACUAUAUCCUUCCCCAAUGCACAUUUAUAUUUAUUUAUUUACUCGUUGUUCGUGACUGAGUGUCGUCAGUAAGCAACGUGAGCUCCUUGCUUUGGCUAGGCUUUUGGGUCGAACGGCUCCACCCCUGCGCAUGGGCAGCUCCGAUCAUGUUUACAGAGCUCGAUUCGGCAACUUAGCCUGUUGAAGAACACUUUUAUUCUUUAUGUCGUAUUCAUGCGUAAAUACAAAAAAAAAGGUCUAGCACGCAUGAUAUAAGUGUAUGUGUUCGUACUGUCUCGUGAAUGUUUUUUCGCGAAAGCGCGCUAUCGCGAACCCAAAUCGCGAUGUCUUGUGGCAUUAGUGAUGCGUCGCCAACUUCCUUUAAUUGUGGAAGUAUUGCAUGGACUGGGAAACGCCAGAAAAAGUGAGACGAAAAAAAUGAGGGGGAAAAAAACCCACUUGUUUUGAGGUGCUCUUCGUGUACAGAGCUUGUCGGCGGUUCUGGUUGUUUUGUACACAGAGAAAUGAGAGAAAUAAACAUUUUUUUCCAGUCUA